AGGCAUGGGGAUGCAACUGAAGUACAAUAAUUUUCUGAGGUUUUUUUUUAGAAAUGCGCCAUCUAGUGACGGAUGCCCCGUAACUUGGGUAUUUGUACUUCGUUUUAGUCACUAGAUGUCACUGCACCUUAGACCGAUAUUUCAUCGAUUUAAUAACAAAUCUAAAAAAAGUUUUGUGAUUAGAAAUAUUAACAAAUAUUGUAAUUAAAUAAUUUUAUGAUUUAUUUUUAAUUCUUUUUUAUCUAUGAGGACGUCUUAGUUAAUCACAAUAAUCACACUACUUGAAACCACUUGAAACACUGACGAUUGACAUUGACAGUCGACCAUACUUUUAAAUUAAACCGUUUUCCGUUUUCUAACGUGUUGGUUUAUUCUGAGUGUUAUUUUCUGGUUUUUUUAUUACGAUUGUUGCGUGUUCCUGGACUCUGAUACUGACUGCUUCUGUGAUUGACCUGGCUUCGUAUUUUGGACCUGUGAUCUACUGCAUUUUCAUUGACCCGGCUUUGUAUUUUGGAACCUCGAUCGACUGCUUUUACAUUGACCCGGCACCGUAUUUAGGACUAGAAAAUGCGUCCAGUGGAUCGUCUUAGGGGCGGAAUGCCAUCAACGUCAAGAUAUAAGUGCUACUUUGAUUGUGACAAUGACGGCCCAUUGCACCGAUUUCCUAAACCUGAAUACCCACAUUUGGAAAAGUUUAACUCGUGGAAAAAAGUACUAGAUAAAGCUUUACAAGAGAAAGGCGACAUCUACAUUUAUAACCAAAUUCGAUUUUGCGACAGACAUUUUGAAGAGUGUUACCGUUCAGCCAGUCACCGACUUACUCCAAAUGCAAUACCAACUCUAGAUUUAUCUACAUUACCAGUUGGUCAAACUCUUGAAGGUCCAUCGGGACAUGUCGAGGCAGACAUGUCGAAUUUAUUAAACAUUUCGCAAGAUAAACUUGCUGUCAUUGAGCCAUCCAGCUCUACCCACUAUCAUAGUGAUGUACAGAAUGCAUUACAGACAGCUGAACGCCCUAAAGGUUCUAGGAAAAGAGGGACUUGUCAAUAUUUAAAACGAGUCGUCACCUCCAAAGAGAAGGAGAUAAUAAAGUUAAAACAGAAAGUAUUGAAGCUGAAAAAGAAAUAUAAGGAACAAAAUAACAAGAAACUCUCUGCAAGGAAAAUUUCCACAUCAAAAUCAUUUUUGAAAGAGUUAAAUAAAAUGCCUGCAACAAUAAAAAUAUUUACUUCCUCCAAAUGAAAUGGAAAAAGAAACCACGAGGCAGGCGAUUUACAUUUAACGAAAAAAUCAUGGCAUUGACCAUUUACAAACAGAGUCAGAAAGCUUACAACCUCAUGCGAAAAAUGUUUGUCUUGCCAUCAAAGCGCAGCCUACAAAAAAUGUUGAGUAAAUUUGAACUGAAACCAGGCUUCAAUCCUGAUAUAUUUAAAAAUUUAAAAGCUACAGUAGCAAAAUUGCCGGCAGAAAAAAAGUUGGUCAAUUUACUGUUUGAUGAGGUAUCAUUGGCUCCGGGUGUUUUACAACCCUGCCCUAAAACAGAUAACUGGUUUUGAAGAUUUUGGGCACAGACAAACAAAAAAACUCGCAGAUCAUGCCUUGGUCUUUAUGAUCAAGGGUAUAAAAAGCAAAGUGAAACAACCUUUAUGCUUUUCAUUUUGCCAAGGUGCCACGAAAAAGGACGAUUUAAAGAAGCUGAUCAAAACAAUAAUAAAAGAAAUCUCCAAUACUGGAUUGAUAGUUAUUGCCACUAUAUGUGACCAAUCAGCCACAAAUAUUUCUGUGAUAAAAAGUCUUCAAGAAGACACAAAACGCAAAUAUUUACAAGAGGGUAAUGAAUAUAGGACCCAAGCCUUCGAGUUUGAAGACCAAAAGGUCUUCCCAUUAUUUGAUCCUCCACAUCUUUUAAAGGGAAUGAGAAAUAAUUUACUCGCCAAACAUUUGAAAUUUGUACAAGAUGGGAAAACAAAGUAUGCAAAGUGGGAACAUUUGGAGAUGCUGUUGAAGUUAGAUGUUGGGGAUGAUGAAAUUAGGCUUGUUAAUAAAUUAACAGAAAACCAUGUUAAUAAAGAGAAAAUUCCAAAAAUGAAAGUGAAAUAUGCUGCACAAGUUUUCAGCCAAAGGGUAUCAUCAGCAUUGAGAUUCUUAGCAAAACACAACCUUCUUCCGGCGGAGUGCGAAGAAACUGCUGAUUUUCUACUCAUUAUGGACAAACUAUUUGAUUCUUUCAAUGGACAUUCAUAUACAGGUGAUCCAAAAUUUUCAAGGGUGUGUAAUGAAUAAUUCUCCUCAUUUUAGAUUAUGGACAGAGGUAGUUCCUAUAUUGGAUUCAAUGACUUUUAAAACUAUAAAAAAAAAACGGGAUGGUACAGAAGAAGUAAGAUAUGAAAAAGUGCCAUCCCUUCAAAAUUGGAUCCACAAUAUUAAAACGUUUAAAGAAAUGUGGGAGUUUUUAAAAAUCAAAUAUAAAGUUACUAGCCUUUUAACCAGAAAUUUCAAUCAGGACCCUCUUGAAAAUUUUUUUUGUAACAUUAGAAGUAAUGGGAUACGAAAUGUUAAUCCCUCGUGCCUACAAUUUAUUAAUGCGUUCAAAACUUUGUUACUUAAUAAUUUAAAUUCGCCCCAUUCUGUAAGUGCCAACUGUGAAAAAGAUGAAAAUAAAUCACUGCAAUCUUUCAAAGAUCUUCUUGCUGAAAAACAAAACAAUGAAAUUGAAUUGGUUAGUGGUGAUUUUCCUAUUGAUUCUUUAAUUAAUACAAUGAACCAAAUUAAAUGGAAUGACUCGAUUUUGCAUGCCGAAUCAAAAAAAUAUGUAGCAGGAUACAUUGUAAAAAAAUCGAAAUGUAAAGUGUUCAAAAAAUGUGGAACAUGUACUAAUGAUAUAUUAAGAAAGGAAAUUGAUUUUGAAUCAUUUAAUUAUGAAAUAGAUUAUACGAAAAAAUCCUUAUUUAAUGCAUGUGAUGAUUUUAUAAAAUUAUUAAAUGAAAUAUAUUAUAUGAUUGUUGCAUGUUUACGAGAUUCACCUGAAAUAAAAUAUCUGAAAGAAAAAAUGAAAUUUUACAUCAAUUGCCAUUGUGAUUUUAGUAUAAUUACUUGUAUAGUUCAUAAAAAUAAAUUAAUUGAUUUUAUAAUUAAUAUGUCAAUUAAUUUAAUCAUUCACAGUUGGUGCACCGGGGUUAAUAGAAUAAUUAACGGAAAAAUAACAAAUUUCGAUGUAAAUGAUGAAAUUAAGUUACAAGCAUUUAAAUAUUGUAAUACACAUAAAAAAAGGAAAUAAAAUAUACUUAGCCGAUAAAUGUACUCUUUA